AUGUAUAGAUUUUCUCAACUUGUUGACUCAUCUGAGCUUCGUGAACAAUUUGUUGAUUUGACAUUGAAGUCUGAAUCACAAACAGUGGAAGAUGAUAAAUGUUCGCGUUCGGCUACUACAAAAUCUAAGAAAGGAAAACAUCGCAAUACUUCAAAGGAUCUAAGAGAAUCUGGCAAAUCAUGUAAUUCUGGCAGUGUUUUGAAAGACAGCGGUGAUGUUACAAAAAUUGAUGAUUACUGCCACCACCACCUAUACCUUGAACCGUGUGGAUUUCGUAAUGUUAGAAAUUCGUGUUUUCUCAAUGCUUCACUACAGCUGUUACUGAAUAUUCCACCUUUAUGUACAGCUGUAAACAAAUACACGAAUGUGUCGAUCAAUAAUGAUGAUGAUGAUGGUGUAUCGGACACCAAUGACAACAAGAAGACACCAUUAAUCAAUCAAUUGUAA